GUUAGCGUCUUGCUGGCGAUCAGUGUGCUCACAAUUGAGCUAUAUUUCACAUAUAAUACUCACGGCUGUGUUUUAUAAGCCAUUAGUCCACAGUUGUUUACAAGAGGAAGUAUAAAACACCUGAAUAGUUUGGUUGGUUUGAUUGUAACGUGAGCUAGAUUUUACGUAAGAGCGUCUGUGGAUACAACCAGCUUACAGAGACGUGUUACAUACUAUAAAUAACACUCAUAAUGGGUAAAAUAAACAAUAAUGUUGACCAAAGCUAGUAGUGUACCUGCUAUUUGUUAUCACACUGGAUCCCCCACUUAGAAUGAAACUAAUCGAUCCCUGACCAGAGAAGUAUGAAAAAACAAUAACACCAGGUUAACUCAUAUCCCUGACAGCCAUGGAGUUUCUCCCAGUACUUGAACCUCUAGAUAAACCCAAAGAAGGAAUAUGGUAUUCUUUGAUACCCAGGGGGGCUGCUCCAGGUGUCAGUGUGGGUCACACCUGCACGUUUAUUCCUCCUAGAGAUGAAGGAAAAGCAAGAAUCUUUAUUGUUGGGGGAGCCAACCCCAACGGCAGUUUCUCACAUUCGCACAUCAUAAAUCUAGAUAAUCAUGAAUGGGACAUCCCAGAGUGGGAGGGUUUGGAGUCGCGGUAUGAACACUGCAGCUUUGUGCCAGAGAGCUGCCCUCAGAGCCUGUGGGUGUUUGGAGGGGCACAGCAGAGUGGCAACCGCAAUUGUAUCCAGAAUAUACAGCUAACAGAGAGUGGGUCUCGCUGGAAGAAUGUAGUGGUCAAUGGCAAACCCCCUGGUCCAAGGACAUACCACACCAACUCAGCGUGCCAAGGGGACAGACUGUAUGUCUGUUCUGGUGGGGAAGCAGGAGCUUCACCCGUCUCAGACCCCAAACUUCAUAUCUUUGAUACAGUGUCUUCCACCUGGUCCCAACCAGAAACACAAGGCAGAAACCUGCCAGCCAGACAUGGCCACGUUGUCGCUGCAGUUGGUUCAAAGAUCUACAUUCAUGGAGGCAUGGCAGGAGACAAAUUCCACAACGAUAUGUACUCUCUUGACACAGGGAGCAUGAAGUGGGAGAAGGUGCAGGCCAGAGGAGACAUCCCACCAGGAGUAGCAUCCCACUCAGCUGUGGUGCUGGGCAAGAACAUCUACAUAUUUGGGGGGAUGACUGCUGAUGGAGCCGGCAACUCCAUGUACAGAUUCAACACCGAAAAAAGUAGAUGGGUCCUCAUGAAGUUUGAAGGAGAUAUGCCACCCAACCGCCUAGACCACUCCAUGUGUGUAUUGCCCUGGACGGUGUGUGGUGAGAGCAAUGGAGAGGAGGAGCAAGCCAACAGCCAAGCAGCCUCAAAAACAAUACAUCUGGCCUUUGUAUUUGGAGGAAUGGACACCCAGGGUGUCAUUCAUAACGACUGCAUUGUGACUGUUAUAACAUAAUGUUCAUUUAUCCAAGUUGUAAUAAAAUGUUUGUCAAGGACUACUUAGUAAUUGCAUAUUGUUUUAUUAAAAACAUGUAAAGCUUGUACUGUGAAGACUGAAAUGAACAUUGUUUAGCAUAAAAGGUUCUGAAGCAUAAAUCUGGGUG